AUGACGCAAGUACCCGGCGCGACGGUGAAGCUAUCCGAGAUGCCUAAGGAGAUGGAGAACUUUGCCAUUUUCUGUGCACAGGAGGGGCUCGCGAAACUGCGAACUGCGCAGGAGCUAGCCAGCUUUAUUCGAAAGGAGUUCGAAAAGAAAUAUGGCCCGACGUGGAACUGCUUUGUUGGCCGGAACUUUGGUAGCUUUGUCACGCACGAAGAGGGUAACUAUGUGUACUUCUACGUUGGUCAAACCGGUGUUCUGCUUUUCAAGUCGUCUUAG